AAGGAACUCCACCCUAGGUGGAGUCCUCAUGGUAGUCACACCUCUCUUCUGGGCCUAGUCUGCCAGAGAAAGAGCUAAGCACUCCACCUACUCAGGUUGUUCAGCGAGCGCGCCAGGCUCUGACCCCACGGGCGUGGUGUACCAGUGGGGCGGCCAGGAAGGCGCCGGGUGUGCAGCGCUAACCGCUGUGUGGAGGGGAUCCUCUGGCGCUGUCUCCUUGUGGGUCUUCACUGACUCCUCCGUCUCAACUUUGCGUUCAAGUCGUGAUCUGAGGUUUGGGUGCUUUGCCGGGACCCCGCCCCGUGUCUCUCGGGGAGGGUGUGAGGAGUUCUGAGGUGGGUGGAGAAUGGGCUUGGCCGGAACUGAAUCGGUUGAGGUAAAAGGGGAACGCAGGAGCUUUAGCGCUGGCCACUUCGCCCCGAGAAGCCGCUGUAUUUUUAGCACAGGGAAGGCUGCAGUGGGAGGAUUCUUUUUAGGAAGUCUGCUCCGCCGCCCCGAUUCGGGGCUUGGAUGCUUGAGAGCUUUGUUUCCCUUGUUCCGAGGGUGGCCCAGUUGGGUCUGAAUCGACUCCCUCCCUUUUUCGUUUCCCCCAUCCUUUUCCAGUCAGGAGAAAACAGAGAGGUGGGGGACCAAGGAAGAGGAGACUAAAGCGCGUUGCCAGGCGCGCUGUCAGACAUGGGCGGGUGUGAGGGGAACAGCUGUCUUGAGAUUAGCUCAGUAGUAUGAGUCUUGGGGAGGACUGGACUGCAUGAUCUCCGGACACUUCAGGAGUCCUCAGCUAGAGACACAGGCGUGUUUUGAGACAGGGUUUCUCUGUGCAACAGUCCUGGCUGUCCUGGAACUUGCUCUGUAGACCGAGCAGGCCGGCUUCACAGAGAUCGUCUGCUUCUGCUGAGUGCUGGGAUUAAAGGCGUUCACCACCACCACCACCUCGGGGGGCCUCCGGUCGUAUUCUAAACUGCCAUAUUUUUUAUAUGGAUCGAUUCAUAAACAACUUGGAGGCCCAACUUAAUUCAGAAAGUGAUUCAAUGCAGGUAUACAAACAGGUCACUGGCCCUGUUCAGACCAGAAAUCGCUCUGUGACGGCAGACAGAAGUAAUAUGACUUCACCACUCCUGGAUGCCAGCUCAAUGGAGAACCCAGCCCUGUUUAAUGAUAUCAAGAUUGAGCCACCAGAAGAACUCCUGGCUAGUGAUUUCAACCUGCCACAGGUGGAACCAGUUGAUCUCUCAUUUCACAAGCCGAAGGCUCCUCUCCAGCCUGCUAGCAUGCUGCAAGCUCCAAUACGCCCUCCCAAGCCACCGUCUGCAGCCCAGGCCAUUGUGGUGUCUACUUCAUCUGACACAGGCACCUCAGCAACCAUUCCUACUGUUCUCACUCCAGGCUCUAUCCUGGCCUCCUCUCAGGGGACCGGGGGCCAGCCGAUUUUACAUGUGAUUCACACUAUCCCGUCAGUCGGUUUGCCAAAUAAGAUGGGCGGACUAAAGACAAUCCCACUGGUGGUUCAGUCUUUGCCUAUGGUCUAUACCAGUUUGCCUGCAGAUGGGAGUCCUGCAGCUAUUACUGUUCCACUCAUUGGAGGAGAUGGCAAAAAUGCUGGAUCAGUCAAAGUUGACCCCACCUCCAUGUCUCCACUGGAGUUUCCAAGUGAUAGUGAUGAGAGUGCAAUUGAGAGUGGAUCUUCAGCCUUACAGGGUCUGCAUGGAUUGCACCAAGAACCAGCAACAAUGGCCCAAAUGCAGGGAGAAGACUCUCUUGACUUGAAGAGAAGACGGAUUCACCAGUGUGACUUUGCAGGAUGCAGCAAAGUGUACACCAAAAGCUCUCACCUGAAAGCUCAUCGCAGGAUCCAUACAGGAGAGAAGCCUUACAAAUGUACCUGGGAUGGCUGCUCCUGGAAAUUUGCUCGCUCGGAUGAGCUCACUCGCCAUUUCCGUAAGCACACAGGCAUCAAGCCCUUCAGGUGCACAGACUGCAACCGCAGUUUUUCUCGAUCUGACCACUUGUCGCUACACCGCCGCCGUCAUGACACCAUGUGAAUAUCCCAGGCCACAGUGGAUGUGCUGCACUGGUCUCCUGAGCGUGUGCUGAGGUUGAGACUUUGUUUGCCUCUUUGACUACAACUUGCCCCUGUGAUUGGGGUUAGAACAGCCUACUGAGCCAGGUUGAUGAGACUGGAGAAAAAGUUAGCUGGUCUCCCAUGCGGCUCUUCAUAUUCCGCUUUCACCUGUCCACUGUCCAGACUUCAGUUUUCUCAACCUCUUCCUGGGUUGAAUUCUAGUGCGGCGCCCAUGGUUGCCCUCCCUGACCCCUCAUGCUAUGUUAUAGACAUUUUUCCUACAAUAGCAAACAAAACAGGAAUCAACUCAAGGCUGUGAACAAACAUCCGCUGCUCCCCCCCCACACACACUUUUCUCUUGUUUUGUAAUACUUUUAUCCUAAAAUGAGGGAUUUUUUCUCAGUCAUAGGUACAAGGGGCAUAACAGUGGAGUUGAUUGGUCAGAUUUACAGAGAAUUGAGUCUGAAAUAGUGUCUCAUUCUAACCCCGAAGGUUUUGUAGAUCCAGUUUCACUUGUUCUUACCAGUUUGGUUUAUAGACAGUACCAGCCCUCCCUUUUGAAGUUCAUCAAAGAAAUGAAGGGAUUUUCUCGACCUCCUCUUCCUCCUCAUGCUCCUUUAUAAUUAAAGGUUUUAUGGCACAAUUAUAUUCCUUUUAGCUUAAGUUUGGACAAAUAUUCAAAGCACAGAAGACAGAUCAGUAGGGAGAAGUAUUCUAGGAAAAUAUGUCAGGUAGUGACAGGAAAACGUAGACCUGGGAGGACCCUGUGAGCAAUUAUUUGGAUAAGGUGUUAGAACUGCUGUUAAUCCCACACCUCAUUCAAAGGGCAGCCUAUUGAAAUGGCGCUUUCGAUGGGCUACACUGGACUGUUUAUUCUUUUGUUUACAUAAAGCAACCAUUCAGCAUAUUACCUGAGAGAAAUUGCACACUGAGCAUGUUAUACAGAGGUAAGGGGUUGCACCAGAGGAAUCUUGUUUACUUCAUGCCAUUUUGGGGCACUCAUUCUUCUGUUUUUAAUGGGAUAGAAGAGAUUUUUUUCUGACACUGACAUAUAAAAAGCAUUUUUAAUUUUUUACAACUGCUAUCAAUACCCAAGCCAUUUAUUUUAGACAUAACAGCAGGCUGCAUAUUAUACAUUUGGUUGCCCAAUCAGACUGUUCCUAAUAUUCUCUGGGACAUAAAACCCUCUGUUCCUGGCCUUGGACCUCAGAUCUACCUCCAUGUGGCAUAUUUCCUCUCCUGGAGAAAAAGGAGAGGGGCUUUGUAUUAGUGUAGGAUUGGACACAGCCUCUUGCCUAAAGGUUGUCUUCAUACUAAACCUUUUUUCUUGGCAGAUAUUCCAAAAGUUCUAGCUUGAACACUUUAGGUUACUACCUCCUGUGGCUGUCCUUUCUAGCUAAAUCCUAGAACUCUACCAUCUAGAAGGGGUCCUGUCUACUUCUACCCAUCCCUCACUUCUUACAGAUGAGGCAAAUACGGGUUAGAGUCUUUCUACAGUUAUUUACUUGAGGCCUUAUAGACCUGUAUACUCCUUCUCCCAGGGAUCACACUAGUAAACCAAAUUAAAGAAAAAAAAUAUGUGAUUGGUUGCAAUAUUUGUCCAAUUUUAUAUGUUAUACUUCAGAAAACUUUAAAUCACUCAAAAUUCAUAUAUAGUUGAUGGCAAAGUAAGUAGAAUGUACUUAUGAUUAUUGCCAGUUAGCAUCAUGCACACAGUGUUUCUAUUCUCAUAUUUUGUUAUUUCUGGUUUUUAAAUUUAGCUUGUUUCAAUUUUCAAUGUCUUUCCAGCCCAUAAAUUAUCCAUAAGUUAAGGCCUACUUGUACUUUUCAAGAUGAAGUGUAGGCUUUACUAUUAUCACCAUCUUCAUAUAGGAUAUUUUCUGACUUGGGGUAUACAAGUUUCAAGCUGUAUACUAAUUACUAAAGCACUAAUAAAUAUCUAGGGCCAGUCUAUUAAUGGGGACCACAUUGUAUGACAGAUUGUGAUAAAUGUAUAUUACUACCAUGCAUGGGCUUGAGCAUUGAGUAGUUGGUACAAUAUUAUAGAACAGAGUCCAAAGGGUUACCCACUUUUUUUCCCACUUUGGAUCCUAAGAUUUGUUUUCCAGAGUUCAGAAUUGGCAUGUACCCAUUAGACUUGAGACACAUAUUUACUUGGAGACAUAUAUGUAUAAGUGAGCACUAUCAAAUUAUAGUGCUCAUAAGGGCGACCAAAUUAGGAUCCUAGAUAUUGACGUUCCUAGCAUCUCUGAGCCUUUAUUCAAAUAUAUUUCUGCAGAGUGAUAAUAGACUGUGCAAAUGCUUGAUUCCUUGUCUUUAGUCGAGAAACAAUUCUAGCCCUAUUCUCAUUGCCCUUUUUUUCCAAAAAUGGUAAAAUCUUUCCAAUUACAAGCAUAUUCUUUAGGAAUGUGUCACAGUUAAGAAAAAUUCCCAUAGUCAAUAGAUUCAAACACAGUACAGUGUAGAGUUACUGCACCAAAAGCACAUGCCAUUUUGCUACAUAGUGGUGUAGAAAGGAAAGGAAAUGCAUCUCUCUUGGUUUUAAUUGAAGUUUUAACUAAGUUUAAUGGGCACACAACAGCAAAACACUGUUAGUAUGGCAUUUGCCUAGGAUAUGGAAAUCUCAUAGGGAUGGAUAAUAUUCAGGAAUUUAUUACAGUAGAAUUACUCCUUCUGUAGACAUUUGGCAGCUGAACAUAACUAUUGAUAAUUGCCAUUGUAAAAUAUAGGACAUGUAAAUUUGUUUGGAUGGAUUAGUGGAGUUCCUUAUGUGCAGAACAAAAUGUUUGCACAAAGAAUUUUGUUUUAAAUAAAGUUUCCAUGUUGGAACUCUUUUAGGUUUUCAGGAUAAAAAAAACAUUGUGAAGGUAGAACAGAGCUCCUGUUACUCCACAUCUUACAUUAGUAUGGUACACUUACUACAAUUAGUGAAAUAAUAUUGAUACAUUCAAGUUAACUGCAGUCAGUGCUUUACUCAGACUACCUUAGGUUUUAUCUGUUGUCCUUUUUCUGUGCUAAUAUCUCCUUCAAAAUACUACAUUGUAUUCAUAGUCACAGCUCAUUUGCUUGUGACAGAGUCUCAGACAUCCUUGCUCUCAAGGACCUUGGGAGUAUGUUCAGUUGGGAUUUAUUUGCUAUUUUUCUCAUGAAAAGACUAGGUUAAUUUUUAGGCCUGAACAACCACCCAAGUGAGUUACUAUUUUCCUAACAUCAUAUUUCUGUGGCUUAUCAUUCUUCAUGCUGGGAUAGUAUAUAUGAGAUUUCUCUCAUGUACUCCUUUUCCUCUCAUCAUCUGACACUGUUGGGAAGGAAGUUAUUAUAUGAAGCCUACACAUAUGGAAAUAGAGAGUUAUGCACCAUGUUUUUGAGAGCAAGUACUUACAUACAUUCUUUGGAAUUCUUCUGCAUAGGAGUUUUGCCUCCUCCCCAUUUAUUUAUUUACACAGUUGUUUAUUUAUGCCAACAUGGACUCAUUGAUAUUUAUUUUAUAGUUUAUUUUAUUAGUCCAAUGCUACUUUUAUUUUGUUGCCCAAAUUAUAACUUUGACUGUUAGGAGCUCUUUUGAAUUGACCCUUAAGUCUUUUUUUUACCUACCCCAUCAGGUUUUUUCAGCAUUUGCUUAAUUUUUUGUGUUUCAAGAUGUUCCAGGUUCAUUUUGCUUUUGUUUUGUGGAGGGCUCUUUCAUAAUCAGGCAUUUCUUCAAUAACUCUAAUUCCUUUGACUGAAGAAUUGUAUCAGAAACCAAGAUCUGUGCACUAUGUAUGUUUGCUACUUUGGGGAUAUUGUUUCUUCAAGACCUUCUCAUCCAAUAGAACAAAGAAAUAUAUGCAUAUAUAUUGAGUUUUAUAUAUAUAUGCACAUGGCUAUAAACAUUUCCAUAUGUAAUCAUCUUUAUUAGCUUUACCUGAGUUCAUGGCAUUGUCUUUAAGCCUUAGUUACCUGCAUAGCUUUCCAUGCUAACGGUGAGAACCAUGGUUCCACCUUCUGCCAUUUAUUUGUUGAAAUCCAAUCUAUAAACAUAUUAAAAGUGUCUUAAGUGUUAUCCUGUAUACUCACGAGAAAAAAAUUACUAGAACCUGGUGCUUAUGUACAUGAUAGUAACAUUUUUAGAACUUUAACAACUCUUUGAAACAGAAUAGUCUACAAGACAUCUGUAUUCUCAAUUCUAUCCUAUCCCCCAAAAUACUGACAUGAAGCAAACCAUUAGUGAUUGACAUAACCUUGAAUAAGUCAAGGAAACUUGUUUAUCUUCCAUUGUAUGUUAAUUCCUAUAUAAGGGAUAAAUGGGAAAGCAACUGCAUGGGCCUAGUUUAAAGAAACACUGUCUUUUUCUCUACUAAAUAUGGAUCUCUGACAACUGGGUGGUACUCUGAUUUGCCUCUCUUCUCUAUUUUCCCCAGUUUUUAGGCAAGUCACAUCACCUCUCUGUGCCUCUAUUAACCCAUCUAGAAAUGGGGAUCCACAUAUCUACCUCACAGGAGUGUUGUGAGGCUUCUUAUUAAUAGAUGUUUAAAAAAUGAUACGUGAUCUCUAAAUGAGCAAGAAAGUAUUAUAAUCAUUACUAUGAUUCUAAUUAGAGUACCCUGUAUUUAUCUUAUGGAAAGGAGAUUAGCCCUCAUCAGUAAACCAGUAAAUUUAAGUCAAUGAGAAAGAUCAAUGGAGAGUGGCCACUGGAAGCGAUACUGUUUGCUCUGUCACCCUCACUUUCCCUAAUCCUCUGACUAUAGGAUUAUCAACUGUUUCCAGAAACGUAUUAGGACCUAAAAUAAUAAGAGGCAAAACACAUAGUUUUGAAAUUAUAUUUUUCUCCCUUUCUUACUCUGCUUGGACUGCAUUACAUAUAACUUUGUCAGAAGCACAAAGACAAUUUCUCAAAGCUUUUCAGUCUUUGGUCAGUUCCGUUUCAUCAGUUAAAAAUUUCUCUUUCUGCGUGUACUGUACAUUGAACAGUAAAGGUAGGAGGGGAGUGGGGUGGGAUGGUUGGGCUGGGAGUGGACUGGAAGAGAAUGGAAAUUACAUAGGUGUUUUUCAAUCACUGGGUUAUCGCUUUCCAUUUCUUUUUUUCUGGUGGUGGGUUGGGGGCAAGGGAAGAGAUAACUAUUUUGUUAACAAAUUCUCCUUCCCUUCCAGUAGAUGUUUCCUAGGGUCAGUACAAAUAGUUGUGUUGGACGUUACUUUUAUAACUAUGUUGUAUACAGUGCUGUUUUCGUUGUAUUCCUGAAUGAAAAGGGAAGAUGGUCCCUAGUGAUGUUCAUCCCUGUUUUUGACAGGAGGUCACAGCAGGAGAGCAGUACCAGAAACUGACUUUUUGUGGUGGGGAAAGGAGCCUGCAGUGAAGGGAUUUAUUGGAGUUUUGUCAUUAUUUAAAGAAAUUAUAAAACAGUAUAUUAUGCAUUAGUCUCUAUAACUCUUCUGUUUGUGCCUCCUUGUUUUAGUGCUUUAGAGCAGCACCUCUCUUCACUCCAUUUUAUACUUGUUCCUGUUCAGAGGUGUGAUGUUGAGCACUCCUAUCCAAGUUUGUUGUGUACCUGAAGAUUCUCGAGAAUUGCCUCAGUAAGCAUGGCCACCCAUAGGUUCCUCUGUUGUAGCUCAGUGGGCACUCCCCGCUGCAGCUUCCAGGCAGGGUGUGUGCUUGAGUACUAAGCAAUCUUGUUCUGUCUGAUUACUGUACUUUUUUAAUAAUAAAAAUAUUUUAAACCAGAAAC